AUGGCAGUGUCGGGACGUAAACUUACCGUAUUUCAUGGAUCGAUGUUCAGUCGCUCAAAGGACCACACAUGUGACCCAUGUUUGACCAUCGGUCAGCAUAUCAAAGCUCAUGCAUUUUGUGUGGACUGCCAGGAAUAUCUAUGCAAGAACUGCUUUGAAUGUCACCAGAGGACAAAAGCCUCGAAACAUCACCAACUUGUUGACAUAAGUUAUAUGGACAAGCAAUCAGUUUCCAGUAGAUGUUCAAAUGUGACCACUGAAAAGUGCCACGUGCAUAAGAAAGAAGUUAUAAAAUUCUUCUGUAAGAAUCAUGAAGUACUUGGCUGUACAGACUGUAUGACUAUGGGUCAUAGGACAUGUGACCUCGACUACAUACCUGAUAUAUGUGCAGGGAUAGGGGAAAGUGAUGAAUGCAGAGAGGUUAUGAGAGAACUGGAUUGGAAGAUGAAAGAAGCAGACAAUAUUAUUCAACAGGCAAACAUUAAAAACAGUCAAGUCGAUUCUUCCCAUGAAAACGCUACAAAAGAUAUUGUUAAAUUCAGAAAAGAGAUGGAUGAUCAUCUGAAUGAAAAACAGAAGAAAAUUGAAUUUCUUGCUGAUGAAAGGAAGUCUACCGAUAAACUAAAAAUCCAGAGAGUACUUGAAACUUGUGUAAGCGUUUUUUCAGGCAUGAAAGAAGUUCAGAAAAGUCUACAGGAUAGCACUGCUGCAAAACAUGAGGCACAACUUUAUAUCACCAUAAAGCAUGCCAAGUCCAAGCUAAGCUCAAACGAAAUUAAGGAAGCUGAAGAAGCUUUAGAAGACACGAAUGUCAGCUAUGUGUUUGAACGCAGCAAAGAUCUACAAAGCAUGAUGUCCAAACUAAAUGACUUCGGGUCCCUCAACUCCCAAAGCACUGAUUUACAGAGAAAAAAAUCACCCUUUGGCGGACUGACCUCAGUUCGGAGUAUUAAAUCAAAAUCAGGAAGUUAUAUCUCGGGAUGUGCUGUUCUGGUCACAAACAAAGUUUUACUGGCUAAUCGCUCCGAUAACACACUAUGUGUCUUGGACGCAGAGAGCCAAGUUAUAACAGAGAAGAAAUCACUAGACUCGGACCCGUGGGACAUUGCCGUACUACCACAGGACCAGAUUGCUGUAACAAUGCCAGAUAGGAAUGAGAUCCUUAUAAUGUCAACUGCUGGUAAGCUGUCAAUUGUCCGCAAGAUUAAAGUGGAAGGAAAAUGUUACGGUAUAACGUACGGUAAAGACCACAUUUACGUUGUAUGCAAUCCUACCAGCGUACUUUCAAUGGAUAUUAAAGGAAAUGAUCAGAGGAAUAUUUUACCAAAUAAUGAAAGGUUUGACAAUCUACGUUAUUGUGUGCUAAGCGAUGAUUCUAGUACAAUCUAUAUCAGUGACUAUACUUCUAACUCCAUACUGAGAUUAUCACUGAAGGGUGAAAUAUUGUCUAUAUUUAAGCAUCAAGAUUUGGAAGAACCAGAAGGAAUGGUAAUAUUAGAUGAUGGAUCAUUGCUGGUAUGCAGCUGUGACAAAGAUUCUAUUCUACAUAUUUCCAAGGACUUGAAGCACUGUCAGAAAGUAGCUAGUGUAGAAAAUCCACAAUCCAUAUGCUACAAUCAUCUUCAACAAGAGAUAUAUAUUGGUACAGUUUACCGUGAGAUGCUUUUGGUUUUCAGUCUGAAAUAG